AUGGCCCCAGUCACCAAGUCCACCGCCGGAAAGGCCACCAAGAAGGGAGGAAAGCCUGAAAAGGUUACCCAGAAGUUUGUCAUCAAUGCGUCCCAGCCCGCAUCUGACAAGAUCUUCGACGUUUCCGCUUUCGAGAAGUUCCUUCAUGACAAGAUCAAGGUCGACGGCCGUGUCGGUAACCUCGGCGAAACUAUCCAAAUCUCCCAGGAGGGCGAUGGAAAGAUUGUUGUCAUUUCCCACAUUCCUUUCUCUGGACGCUACUUGAAGUACCUUACCAAGAAGUUCCUCAAGAAGAACCUCCUCCGUGACUGGCUCCGUGUCGUUUCCACCAGCAAGGGUGUUUACGAACUUCGCUUCUUCAACGUCGUCAACGAUGGCGAUGAGGAGGAUGACGAGUAA